AUGGCGUCGCCCGUGGUGGUGGAUGGCCUUGCUGCUUGUGCCACUCACCGUCACUGCUGCUUGCAGCCGCUGCUACCCGCUGUUUCUUUUCGCACUAUCGUGUUGCUGCUUGCAUCGCCCGUCGCUGCCACGCCGCUCAUUGCGCCGCCUGCCACCGCUGCUCCUUGCGCCACAUUAUCGUGUUGCUGUUGCCGCCGCCACGCUUCCAUCCUGCUGCUGCUACCACGCUGCCGUGUUGUUGCUUGCCGUGUGGGCGAGUGGAGGCCUCGUGGAGAGAGAGAGGAAGGAACUAGCGACGUGGGGCUUCUCUCCGGCGGUGGAAGGCAGGGCUACACGCAGACUCUCACGACGGAACCCGAGUACGGUGACCACGACGAGGUGGAUUUCGAGUUCUUGGGUAACGUGGAGGGCAAGCCGGUCGCUCUCCAGACCAACAUCUUCCUGAACGGCAAAGGCGAGAGGGAGCAGAAGUUCGACCUUUGGUUCGACCCAGGAGCCGAUUUCCAUGACUACAAGAUACUCUGGAACCCCUACCAGCUCGUGAUGUUCGUCGAUGACACGCCCAUACGGGUGCUGAAGAACCUCACGCCCGGCCAGUUCCUGACGAGGCCGAUGAAGAUCCGAGGGAGCCUCUGGGACGGCUCCGGUUGGGCGACGGACAACGGCAAAUACAGGGUCGACUGGAACCGUGCGCCGUUCACCGCCGUGUUACAGGGUUUCGACGUCUACGGCUGCCCUGCCACCGAAGGCGCGCCGUGUGGCUCGCUGAGCCAGUCGUGGAACACGAUCCGGAGCCUGACGCCCGCGCAGGAGGCCGCGUACAAGAACGCCAAGAGCAAGUACAUGACCUACGACUACUGUGCCGAUAUGUCUAGGCCGAGCUUCCAUCUACCGGGGGAGUGCGGCAAUAACUAA